AUGACUCCUCGCACCGUCACUGUCACGGACAUCAGAGGCGAUGAGGGCAAGUACACGCUCGACACCCACGGCUUUCAGUACGUCCGCCACACCAGCGUCGAGACGGACUUUACAGACGAAGAACGGGUCAAGGGCGUCUACUACCCCGAGAUGGAGAAACUUUACAAGGAAAUCACGGGAGCAAGCCGGGUCGUCAUCUUCAACCACCAGAUCCGCCGCGGGCCGGCAAACUGGCACAGCCUAGGCGAACGCAACACGGAGCACCGCGGCCCCUUGCACAAGGCGCACGUGGACCAGUCCUACGACGGCGCCAUCAUGAUGGCGAGGCAUCACCUCGGCGCGGAUGAGGCCGAGAGACUCCUCGACAAGGAGAAACGCCGCUUCCAGAUUAUCAACAUCUGGCGGCCCAUCGCGACGGUACGGCGGGACCCGCUGGCCGUCGCGGAUGGGACCACGGUUGCGGAGGAGGACCUUGUCCCGGGGGCGAUUAUUUACCCCCGUCACCGGGCCGAGACGUGGACGAUUAAGCCAAAUCCGGCGCACCGAUGGUACUUCUUGGACGGGCAGAGGCCGGACGAGGCGUUGUUUAUCAAGUGUUUUGAUUCGGAUACGUCAGUUGUUCGGAGGGCUGCGCAUUGUGCUUUCCGCGACGCGGAGAUGGAUGAGAUGGAGUGUCGGCAGAGUAUAGAUAUUCGGGCGUUGGUGUUUCACUGA